CCGGAGAAGAUGGUGGACUAUCUGGCCAACACCGAGAUCAACAGCCAGCGCAUUGCUGAGGUGGAGAGCUGCUUUGGGGCAUCGGGGCAGCCGCUGGCGCUGCCGGGCCGGGUGCUGCUGGGCGAGGGCGUGCUGACCAAGGAGUGCCGCAAGAAGGCCAAGCCACGCGUCUUCUUCCUGUUCAGCGACAUCCUGGUCUACGGCAGCAUCGUGCUCGCCAGGCGCAAGUACCGCGGCCAGCACAUCAUCCCGCUGGAGGAGGUGACCCUGGAGCCCCUGCCCGAGACCCUGCAGGCCAAGAACCGCUGGAUGAUCAGGACGGCCAAGAAGUCCUUCGUGGUGUCGGCCGCCUCGGCCACGGAGCGCCAGGAGUGGAUCAGCCACAUCGAGGAGUGUGUGCGGCGCCAGCUGCUGGCCACCGGCCGCCCGCCCAGCACGGAGCACGCGGCGCCCUGGAUCCCCGACAAGGCCACGGACAUCUGCAUGCGCUGCACACAGACGCGCUUCUCGGCGCUCACGCGGCGCCACCACUGCCGCAAGUGCGGCUUCGUGGUCUGCGCCGAGUGCUCCCGUGGGCGUUUCCUGCUGCCCCGCCUGUCGCCCAAGCCCCUUCGCGUCUGCAGCCUCUGCUACCGCGAGCUGGCCGCCCAGAAGCGCAGAGAGGAGGAGGGCCCGGGAGCAGGGUCCCCGGCCGGGGGCGGCGCGUCCAGCGGAGACGACUCAGACGAGGACAGGGAGGGCGGCGGGGACGGCGACUGGCCCAGCCGCGUGAAGUUCUACGACUCGGGUGUCUCCUGGUCCUCCUUCCACAGCUGACCCCAGUCCGCAGACCGAGGGACGGGCCCCCUAGUCGCCUCCACACCCACGCAGACUCCACAGCUCAGGCCCCCAAGAGGGCAGAGCCCCUGAAGCUCCCCAGGGCCCCAGGGCCCCGCCUGUGGGCGGGAGUCGCUCUUGCCCGCUGGACCCUCAGCGCCUCUUUUGUGGACAAUGACGUCUUUCUGUUUCCACAUCAGGUAACUAUCUUUCCAUUCAGUAAACCCGAAACACUUAGGCCUCUUGGGACCAAAUGCCAUUUCUCAGCCCUGUGACCUGUAGGUCCCUGGGUUACAUGACCCCAGGGACCAGAGGGAAGACAGACCAGAGUGAGGUCCUCUCUCCUCUGAGGCCUUGAACCACAGCACAUGACCCCAGACAGGACACCUCCAGGGGAUAGCAUGGCCCCUGGGAGCCGCCAGGAAACCAAGGCUCGUCCACCCACCUUGCUGUUGCCCACCUGCCUGGUCAGUUGGGCCUUGUCAGGCUGGGCAUGUGGGCUCACCCAGAGCCAGCAAGACUACCAUGAGGAGGGUGCCCACCAGGCUAGGACUGCAGUGUGAGCUCCUCGUGAUCCAGGGCAGCCUGCCAAGGCCUUGUGCCCCAUCUCACCUCUUUGCAGGUAUCCAGGGGCUGGUAUCGCUCUCACUCCUCGUUUCCCUGUGGCUGGGGAAAGCAGUGUUUCCCACUAGGACUCUUACCUUCCAGUAAUAGAAACCUUGUCCAGACUGACUUAAAAAUAAAAAGGAAGUUCACAGA